CAGGGGCGGACUGACCAUUUGGAAACUCGGGCACUGCCCGAGGGCCCGGGGUCAGUGGGGGCCCCCAUGAGAUGCCCCUGGUACCUUUUUCAUAGGCUUUUUUGAGUUUGGGCAAGGACACAGGGGCCCCAUGAUCCCCUAUUGCCCGGGGGCCCCAUGAGUUGUCAGUCCGCCCCUGCACCCUAGCGUUUGGUAGUCAUGAGAGGACACCCGAGAAGGAUUAGUGCAUCUGCCCUGCCUAA